AUGACUCCAAAGCGAUCCUUCUCACCGGUUCCCUGGAGAUCAGAGCUCCCAGCGGAGGUACAUUCUUCCUCUCCAUCUCCCAAAGCGGACGUCCCAGUGGUAGCUCUGGCACACCCCGCCCCCGGCCCGGAGGUGGUUGUCAUGGGCGACCGGGCAGACAUCCGAGCCGGUGGCUGCAGGUCACCUUACACCUACUCCGAAUACGAGUUAAUGAAGUGCUCACAGAGGGAGGUCACCUCCAGAGCCGUGUCCUGGAGCCUGACAUGCUCUGUGCAGCGGCAGGGGGAGAGCGCUGUGUGCCCUGGGCCUCACAUGAAUGACACUGACAAGGACGAGAAAAGAACAGGGAAUUAG